AUGGAGGCGUACGCUGCUGGAGCCAAGUUCGAUUGCUUGCUGUUUGACAUGGAUGACACCCUGUACCCGCUGAGCCUAGGCAUCAACCUAGCAUGCCGCAAGAACAUACAGGAGUACAUGCUGAACAAGCUGCGGAUUGAGGAGAGCCAGGUCCCCAAGAUGUGCCUCGACCUGUACAGGGAGUAUGGAACUACAAUGGCCGGCCUCAAGGUUUUGGGGUACGAUUUCGACUACGACGACUUCCACGCCUGCGUCCAUGGCACGCUGCCGUAUGAGAAGGUGAAGCCUGACCCGGUGCUCAGGCAGUUGCUGCUUUCCCUGCCGCAGAGGAAGAUCAUUUUCACCAACUCUGACAACGCCCAUGCGGCCAGAGUCCUGGAGAAGCUCGGCCUCGAGGACUGCUUCGAAGGGAUCAUCUGCUUCGAGACCCUCAAUCCGCCACCGACCGAGAAGAAGGAUGGCAGCGGGAUCCUGUGCAAGCCCUCGCUGGAGUCCAUGGAAGCCGUCAUCGACAUCGCCAAGCUCGACGCCAAGAGAACGGUGUUCUUUGACGACAGCGCGCGCAACAUCGCCGCCGGGAAGGCCGCCGGUUUCCACACCGUCAUCGUGGGGAGCUCGGCGCUGGUGCCAGGGGCGGACGUGGCGCUGGAGAGCAUCCACAACAUCAAGGAGGCGCUGCCGGAGCUCUGGGAGGCCGCCGGCAGCGGCGGCGACCACGUCGAGGCCGUCCUCCGGUCCGCCGCCGUCGAGACCACAGUGAUUGCCUGA